CACUCUCUUCCUUUCUCUCUCAUCUUCAUUUUUCUCUCUCAAUCUUCAAUUUUUCCUUUUUUUUCUUAGUUUCAUUGGUCCAACUUUUUUUCUCUCUCUCUCUCUUGAGAUUCUUAAUACCAAAUCAAAAAAUGGGUUUUGAUUUGAGACAAGUAGUUGCUGGUAUCCUCACUCUUACAAUGUUUGUCAUGCUUAUUCAUAUGAUUAAAAGAGAUCAUUUUGAUUCUGUUCAAGAUAAUAAACUUCCAGGAGUAACAGAAGAUACAAUCUAUGAAAGUGUAAAGGUUGAUAGUACUCAUGUAAGAAAGAAUAUAGGGCUUUGGAAGGGAGAUACCGACGGGUUAAAAGCGUGUUGGGUUAAGCCAUCUGGAGAUGAAGUGGAGCAGACGAAGGGGUUUGUUACCUUUUCAUUAACCAAUGGACCAGAGUACCACCUAUCUCAGAUAGCAGAUGCGGUGAUUGUAGCUAGAAGUCUUGGGGCAACACUUGUCAUUCCUGACAUCCGAGGAAGCCAACCUGGUGACAAGAGGAACUUUGAGGACAUUUAUGAUAUUGAUGUGUUCAAGAAAAGCAUGGAAGGAGUGGUCAGUGUGGUAACGGACCUUCCUGCUCAAGUAACAACUAAGAACAUUGCUGCUGUGAAGGUCCCUAAUCGGGUUACCGAAGAUUACAUAUCUAGACAUGUCGAACCAAUUUAUAGAUCAAAGGGAAAUGUAAGGCUAGCAACUUACUUUCCUUCAAUAAACAUGAGAAAGUCGGGGAAAAAAGGCGACUCCGAUUCCAUUGCAUGCUUAGCAAUGUAUGGAAGUUUGGAGUUGCAACCAGAAAUGCGUGACGUUGUUGACUCAAUGGUUGAAAGACUCCGAACUUUAAGCCGAAAAUCAGAUGGUCAAUUUAUAGCUGUCGAUUUGAGAGUUGAGAUGUUGAACAAGAAAGGUUGCCAAGGAAAUGAGGAUAAUGAUGGAGAAAAAAGUUGCUUCAAUGCACAAGAGAUUGCAGUGUUUUUGAGAAAGAUUGGUAUUGAUAAGGAUACCACAAUUUAUGUGACACAAUCAAGAUGGGAUGAUAGCCUUGAUUCUCUUAAGGAUCUGUUUCAUAAAACUUAUACUAAGGAAUCCAUUAUGCCCGCGGAUAAGAAGACAAAGUUCCUAGACUCUAAAGAUUCCGAAUUGGAGAAAGUGAUCGACUUUUACAUUAGUACCGAGAGCGACGUCUUCAUACCAGCAAUUUCAGGUCUAUUGUACGCGAACGUAGCUGGUAAGAGAAUCGGUUCCGGUAAAACGCAGAUAUUGGUUCCAUCCGAAAUUUCAGAUUCAUCGGCUUCCGCCUCAAGUUUCUUGUCCCCUUACAUCUCCAAGAAAAAUCAUUUUGCCUAUUCUUGUUAUUGUUAGUAGUUUGUUUGCUGUUUGCCAAUGUAAACAAUCCAUUCAGGAUUUUCGGGUUUUUUUAGGGCCUAAGGUCUUUUGUUUUGAUAUUUUUAUGAACUUUUCAGCAGAAAAGGAGAGAGUCAAGUGUUCACUAGAUUAAAGUUUUGUUAUAUAAAAUUGUACACAGGGCUUUCUGUUCACAUAUCUGGCUUGUAAAAUUAUGGCUGCACCAUAAUUAUGAGUGAAACAAUCAAAACAAUUGAUACUGCAUUCAUUGAAUUUAUGUAUUUAUUUGCAUGCUUCAAUAGGAAAAAAACUCCAUCCUAAUGGUGUUCUUUAA